ACAUCAUGAAAGUGUGUGGGAGCAUCCGAUAUGGGAAUGGCGAAAGAGAUUGAACUACGAACGAGUGUUUGGAUGCGUUAUCCAUAUAGUACGGUUGUGUAGAUUUUCAUUAUAGAACGCAGAGGAACAGAACAAGCUCGUACGAAUUGGAUAAAGUGGAUUAAGUUCCUGCCGGGAAUUGCAUGGAUCCAUGCCAUGGUAGCAUAACGUUUAUGUUUAAAACAUGACCAAAGAAAAAAAAAUGGAGAAACAGAUGAACCUACCGAAAUGAAUAAGCUCAUGCCGACCAUUUCCGGCUUAUUUUAUCACGUAGCCAGAUAGUCAGUCAUUGCUACGGAGGACGGUCUGGAUGGGAUUUGAUACUACAACUGCACAGUUGUAAUAGUAAUGAAUGAAUGAAUUUAUGUUAGCUUUAUGUGUUUGAGCAGAAAGGAAAACAUUUUGUUUUGAUUGAUUAAUUUGUAUUACAUGCUUUAUUUCCGUUUAACCAUUCGUGAUAAUUAUUUUCCAAUUGCGAGAGCUCUUUUUCGUAUGACCGUGUUCCGUUCCUUACGAUUCGUUGGAGUUAGAGGCCGAGUUAGAGGCAGCGGAUUCAGCCGAUUCGACGGAAUUUACCGGAGCCUGACCCAUAGCCGCGGCCAGCAGAGCGAAGAAUGUCGCGAACAGGAAUUUAAGAUCCAUUGUUGAGUUGGAAUUUGUAGUUAUGCGUUUGCAGAGAACAGAACUAAUGGUUAAGGGUUGUAGAAAUUGGGCUAUUUAUACCAACGAAACGUAGUAACAACCAUGAACAGCUUUGUUUCAGAGCAAGUUGCAGAGUUUUCAGAAACCUUCGUUGAGGUUUCUUGCAUUGCAUCAUCAGUAUAAAGAGGAUUUUUUAUUGCGUAGAGAGUUCUUCUUCCUUCCGGUAGACGUAAAUAUUUGAUCGAAGGCUGGCAGUGAAUCUGAAUAGAUUUAUUUUGCUGCAUGGAAGGAUAGCGCGUUGUGUUAAAGAAAGUGUUGUUUCACAUGUGGCCGACCGAGCAGCUGCGAAUCAUAACGUAGGACCGGUUGUUUUUCUAACAAUCUACGAUCUACGAAUCUAUGGAACAAUCUACGAUUGUUUAUGCAUAAUAGUUUGCACUGUUAGAAUUCAAUUCAAUUGUAAUACUAUCAGAGAUGAAAGAAAACUCCAUGCAUCAAAAUCGUAUUAAACUUUAAAACCUAUUUACUAAGCAAUUCUAAUACAGACAACAAUGUGAUGAUUUGGUGGGAGUCGGAACAAGUAAGAACUGAUUCCCGAAGGUCUUACCAGCGUUUGCUCGUUACGAGUAGAAGUAUAAGAUUUGAACUUAUUUCAAAUUUGUUUCAUAUACAUGUACAACAAAUGAUAGUAAUUGGUGUUCGAAAUGAAAAUAUUAUAACGUAUUUAGUUGAAUAGAAAUGAAUAUCGCUAAGCUAGCACGCGAAAACUAGAGUCUUAUUCUUAUAUGGCGCACGUGUUCAAUAUUUUAACGUUAGCCAGUGUUUCUCAACCAUGUGUGGUUAAUGCGCCAUUUGUGGAAAUUAUUCAACUAUGAAAUAUGAAUUUAAUCGGAAAAGAACCAAUCAAAAUUAUAGGAAAUUAGGUAAAUAUCUGACGAGUUCAGCUAUAAUAUAUAUGCAUUUACUUAUUUCUCUCUCUCUCUCUCUCUCUCUCUCUCUCUCUCUCUCUCUCUCUCUCUUGUUGGUUUCACGCCGGCCAUUUCUGGCUUACUAGACUUAUUUUUAUCGCGUAGCUGGAUACUCAGUACGGCGGAAAAAACAAAGCAGAAAGAGCUUUUAAUGGUAAAGAUUCUAUUAUUUUGGCACUACAAUGUUUUAAAGAGAGUAGCAAUUUUAGGCUUUAAUAAAACCCACUUGUAUCAAUACGGCCAGGCCGUUGUACCUGAAUAAAAAAAACCCGGUUGUUAGGGUAUCAUUACUGCAUGUCUCGAUAGGAGAAGAUAUCGGUUCCGCCGUUUGAAGAGUGAUCAUCCUCUAUCAUUUGAACACCCAGCCGUCCUUUUAUGUAAAUAUAUAAAUAGCCGCUACAUAUAAGUAAAUGAUGUGUGUAUAAUUUAAAGAAAAAAAUAUUUAGAUAUAAUUUAGUAAAGGUGAUAAUGAUCCAUAUAUUCAUAUUCAAAACUGCGCCAGUAGCUAUGAUUCGAUUAAAAGCGUCAAAAAGACCCUAUCUAAACGUCUCUCUCUUCAAAUAAUCAGGAUUAAGAAUGUUUGCAAAACGGUGCUUUCCAUCGUACGAUAAGAUAUGCACGGCAUUAAUCGAUUCCGAUUGUAAUACACCUGACGUAGAAGGAUUUCCCAUCCUGCAGCUACUGAUGGUAUUGUAUGUUGGUGGCUGGUCAAACUUUUUAGAUAGCUUAUCAGCUCGCUCGACUUGAACGAGAAUAUUUAAGUAGAGUACGUCCAGCCACUGUUCGCUCUUGUUCAUUCGUAGACAUUUUGGGAUAGCGGAUCCAAGCUAAAAGUAUGGCACUGAAAUCCUUGUUCGUUGUGGCGUUGCUGAUUGGCACCAGUUUAGCUGGCUGGGAGGAAGAUCUAUAUCUGACGAAGCGUCGUCUUCCACGCGGACUGGUGUUACCGGUUGCGCCAACCACCAACGGCCGAAUUGUCGGAGGAUUCGAGGCAAACAUUGCCGACUUUCCGUAUCAGCUUUCGCUGCGUCAGAAUGGAGCGCAUAUUUGCGGUGCAUCGGUGAUUUCGAGCAACUUUGCUCUUACGGCUGCACAUUGUACGUUCCCGGCUCCACCAGUAACGGCGAUCACUCUUCGAGGUGGAAGUACCGAUCGUACGGCUGGAGGUAUUGUAUUCCAAGCGGCAGAAAUCAUCAACCAUCCGUCGUACUCCGACGGCAGUCUGGACUUUGACGUGAGUGUCAUCCGCAUCACGACGUCGUUCGUUGGUGCAAACAUUUCACCGAUCCCGCUAGCACCCGAGGGUACUGACUAUCCGGCCGGUACACGUACCUUCGUUACUGGAUGGGGACUGACCAGCGCCAUUGGUGCACUGCCGAUCAAUCUGAUGGCGGUUGAGGUGCCGCUUAUCUCACAGGAAAGUUGCCGCAGCGUUUGGGGUGCAGCCAGUGUUACCGAUAACAUGAUUUGUGCUAGCGAACCGGGACGUGAUGCUUGCAGCGGUGACAGUGGUGGCCCCCUGACCAACAACGGGCGCCAGAUCGGUAUCGUUUCCUGGGGAUCACCCCUCUGCUUGGGCAAUCUUCCGGGUGUGUACGCUCGCGUGGCCGCCCCAAGUAUUCGUGCUUUUAUUCGUGACAGUGCAAACGUGUAAAACAAGAAAGGUUGAGUAAAAGUUUGAAAUAGAGUAAAUUUAAUGUUUGAACUUAUAAUCUUGUUUUUUUAUGCUCACUGGUUGUGGAAUCAUUAUUAAUGUGUAAAUUUAGAACCGAUUUUAAUAUUCUCUCUUUUGGUGCAUG